CAACUUAUUUGUCUAGCACCGCAUCACCACAAAGGACGUUUUCUAUUUUCUUAUGCUUUUCUUAAUUAAUUUCCUGUCUUAGGGUUUAGCGUCAAGUAGCAGUGGCAGAUACAAUAACAAUGAUCCCUGCAAUACAAUAUCCCAUACGUUCUAACUCCCAACAGAGACAGAGAGAGAGAGAGAGAGAGAGAGAGAGAGAGAGAUGGCUCCAGCAGAGGAAACCAGUAAAUUCUGUGAAGCAUAUCCAAUGAAAGGUGGAGAUGGACCCAACAGCUAUGCCAACAACUCCACUUACCAGAGAGGAGUUGUGGAUGCUGCCAAAGAACUUCUGAGUAAGGCAAUUGCAGAAAAGCUUGAUAUAGACAUCUUGUUAUCUUCCAACAGCUUUCAAAUUGCAGAUUUGGGUUGCUCUGUAGGGCCAAAUACAUUUUUCGCGGUUGAAAACAUAGUUGAAGCUGCGAAAUUCAAGUUUCAAAGCCAAGGGCAGGAUUCUCAAGUUCCUGAAUUUCAAGUCUUCUUUAAUGAUCAUACCCCAAAUGAUUUUAACAUGCUCUUCAAAUCCCUCCCUCAGAAUAGGCGAUACUACGCAGUCGGUGUGCCUGGUUCUUUCUAUGGUCGCAUAUUUCCUAAUGCUUCCAUUCACUUUGUUCACUCGUCUUAUGCAAUUCAAUGGCUUUCAAGCGUACCAAAAGUAGUAGUGGACAAAACCUCACCUGCUUGGAAUAAAGGACGAAUCCAUUACCUAAAUUCCCCAGAAGAAGUAGCAAGGGCUUAUGAAGCUCAAUAUACAGAGGACAUGGAGUGCUUCCUGCAUGCCAGGGCUCAAGAGAUUGUGUAUGGAGGAUUGAUGGUACUUACCGUUCCGGGCCGCCCCAAUGGUAGUUCUCAUUCUCAUUCUUCGAUAAAUAUGAGCUUUCAACUUUUAGGAUCUGCCCUCAUGGACUUGGCUAGGAAGGGUGGUGUUAGCGAAGAGAAAGUAGAUUCAUUUAACAUACCAAUAUAUUGCAUGUCCCCCCAAGAACUGGAAGCUGCUGUAGAACGAAAUGGAAGUUUUAGCAUAGAGAGUAUGGAAAACUUACCUCAUGUCUCGGUAGAUGACACUGUCUCAAAAUCUCAACUAUUAGCAGCUCACAUGAGAGCUGGCAUGGAGGGGCUCGUCAAGCAGAAAUUUGGAGAAGAAAUCUUAGAUGAGCUCUUUGACUUGUUUCGUAAGAAACUUGAAGAGGCACCAUUCUUCAUUGAGACAGGGAAGACAAUUAGCUUUCUCUGUGUGCUUAGGCGCAAGGGAAAUGGACUUGAACAUGCUGUUUAGAAUUUCCUUUAUCCUGUUUUUAUGUUUGUUUCCGUAAGUGAUAUAUAAGUUGCUGCAAUAUAAGUUUGUAAGGCACUUAUAAUAAGCGAGAGAGAGAUACACUCUUUGCCUGAGAGACAGUGCUUGUAAUGUGUACAAAACCGAUGGCCUAAUAAUUAAUAUUGGCAUG